AUGGAUUAGCAGGAAUCAGCAAGAUCGAUCAACAUAAGUUCUUCACGUUUUUCAGAUAAAUUCUAACCUUAAUUGAUUCAGAUGAACGCUAAUCAAAUUCAAAAAAAUUAAUUGGAUAGUUAAGAUAUGAGUCCUGUAUACGAGAGAUCAAACGAUGAAAUAGCACACGAUAAAUAGUUGAGACAAGCUAGAGCUAAUCUAAAGAAAACAUCAAAUUAUUAUACAGCAUCUUAAUUCCCAUAAGACAGAAUUUAAAAUGCAAGAGGCAGCAAGAUUAUGCAAUUAAUCAAACAGAAGAACCAAUUGAAAAAAUUUAAGGAGAAACUAUUUCAAAAUGCCCACAUAUAUCCUCGUCAUCCAAAUGAAUAAUUACUUAGUUUUUUGGAAGAGUAAUACAUUCACAAAAAUCAGCAUCACCAAAAAAAUUCAUAACAAGAAUCCAGAUUUGAUUAAGUUCAUAUGGAGUUGCUGAAGAGCAUAGACAAUGUUUAAUAAUAACACAAAAUUCCAAUAAUAAAUCCAACAGGUAAAUUUUAUAUGUUUUGGCAAUUCUUAAGACUUAUUUAAAUAAUGUUUUUGCUAUGGUGGGUACCAUUUAAGAUAUCAUUUGAUCCACCGAAGACUUCUGCAAUGAAUUAAAUUGAAAAUUUACUUAUCUAUUUAUUUGGAGUUGAUUUAUUAAUUAAAUUGAAUAGAGGUAUGAUAGAUCAAGGACAAAUAGUCUAUGAUAGACUUAAGAUUAUGAAACACUACAUCAUCUAUGAAUUAUAUGAAGAUGCUAUCUAUCUAAUUACGUUGACUUUUGUUAUUGGCAGUGAUCCCAUAACAAUAUAUUUCUUCCCUGAAGUUAUAGUAUUAAUACAAUUUACUUUAAAUUUCAUUAAACUCAAGAAAACUAUUAACAAGUAUGGAGAGAUGUUUGCGAUUCAAUCGAACUUUACCGAAUUUGUCAGCCUGUCUCAAUUAAUUAUUUUAAUCUUUUACUUUGCUCAUUUUAUGGCUUGCAUUUGGUAUUAUGUUGGUAACAUGAGUUAAUCUUCUUUCUCAAAUUCAUGGAUUCAACAACAGAAUUUAGAAAAUUCUGCAGUAUUUCAUAAAUAUGGCUACUCAUUUUAUUGGGCAACUGCUACAAUGGUAACUGUUGGAUAUGGCGAUGUGACUCCAUAAAACAUUUAUGAAGUUCUGUGUACAAUUAUUAUGAUAUUCUUUGCUAGUGUGGUAUUUGCUUUUUCAAUAAAUGCAAUUGGGGUGAUAUUCUCAAAUAUUGAUUUACAAAAGUAGUCUUAUAAAAGGAAUCUUAUGUUGAUCAACCAAUAUAUGAACUAAAAUGAAGUUUCCUUGCAAUUGUAAAGCAGAGUCAGGAACUACUUAAAAUAUUAUUAUGAACAAUAAGUAAAAGGGAAUAAAUAAGAAAUUAAUUCAAUUAUAGAGAAGUUGUCUUAUAAUCUAAAAUAAGAAUUAUUGGAAGAUGUUUAAAUUAGAGCAAUUAACUGUAUUGAUUUCUUUACUAAGAAUUUUUAACCAUCCACUAUUCAUCAGAUUGCAUGCAGAAUGAGUAUUCAGCAAUAUACACCUAGAGAAAUCAUAUUCCAAUCAAACUCCAUUGAUGAAAAUUCAAUAUAUAUAAUUCAAAAAGGGGAAAUCAAUCUUAUUGAUAACAAAACUAAUAAAAUCAUAUAGAAAUGCUCGAAAGGUUAAUGUUUCGGAGAGUUUGAAUUUUUAACUUCCCAAAAGAGAUAAACAAAAGCUAUUAGCACUACUUUUAGUUCAAUAUAUAGAAUGAGCAGAGAGACCUUUCUUGAUAUCAUAACCGAGAAUUCAAUUGACUUUUAAAAGUAUUGUGAAAUGAGAGACAAGAUUUUAUUUCAUUAUUAAGAUUUAUCAAUUAAAUGUGCUGCUUGCUAAGGAGAUCACCUAAUCAAUAAUUGCCAUUACAUCACUUAUAAACCCGAUACAGAAUUCCUUGUAAAAAGAGAAUUGUUCAAUUCCAAACAAGAUAGAUCUUCAUUUACUCGCAAAAAUUUGAGAUUUCAAAGAAUCUUCAAUAAUCAUGAAGAGCAUGAUCCUCCCAAUAAAAUACAACAAUAGGAUGAAUAAAGUGUCUCUGAAGAUUCCGAAAAUAGAUAAAACUCUAGUGUUCUUGAAAGUGAACAUCAAAACAUUCUACUAAACGAUGAAAUUACCUAACAUAUUAAAAAACGUAUCUCUCUAUGGGUUACUAAUCCUGAAUAACCAGGAAUGGAGGAAAAAAAGUCUAUCUAAAAAUCUAAUCGGCACAAUAGUGAUAGUCCUAAUACUAAGCAAUAUAAAAAAUCACUAUAUAACUCCUCUUAGGAUCAAUCUAAAAGAUAUGUCAAUAACUAAUAUCUUUAAAUUAGUGAUCAAUAAUAAUUGCAUUAACAAGUAAUGAACUCAUCUAAUAAUUCUUAAACAAAAAGUAAUCAUCAAUUUAAUCAGUUGGAACAUAUACAAUCAUUCCAUUCAUACAAUUUUGAAUUAGAUAAAAUGGAAACAUUUCAAAUCUACUUCCCUCACAAUAAUAUAUUAAAUGUUCUCAAUUCUUACUAAUAAUAGUAGAAAUUACAAAAACUCUAUAAAAUUAAUAUUUCCUCCAAUAAAUAUAGAUUUAUAUUUAUCCAGAAGCAGCCCUUGCCAAAUGCCUUCAAAAGGUCAUUGUAUCGUGUCAAUAGUUAAAUUUGA